AUGUAUCGUGACUGUGUACAAACGUACAAAAACGCGGUACGAAGACACGAGAGGGAAGCGGCGGAAUUUGCAAAAGAAAUCGCGCGCAUCGUGUCUAACUCUGCUUCUGAUACUUCUUUUAAGAAAGAGAAGAAGAAAGAGGGAGAAGACGAAGACAAAGAAGAAGAAGAAGAAGAAGAAGAAGGUUUCGUCCUCUCGCCUCGGUCGAGGAAGCUUUUACGCGUCGGUGUCGAUGGUAAUGGGAGAGGACGACAACAAAAACAACAACAACGAGAACACGAAGGAAAAAGAUACGCAAGGGUGGGUGCUUCCCAAAGAGAGAGAGAAAUAGAAAUAGAAGAAGAAGAAGAAAAAGAAGAAGAAGAAAAGAACGAGCGAAGAAGAAUGAGGAAUAGGAAAAGAGAUGGAACUUCGUCGUUAUCGUUGCUCGGCUUAGCAGAGUUUACGUAUUGCACUCGUUCGGCGCUUCUCGUCGCGGCGGCGAAGUUUUACGACUUGGGAGGCGGCGACUCAGAUUUAACGGAAACGACGACAAUGAUAAAUGGUACCAGUAGUAGUAGCAGCAUUAGUAGUAAUAAGAGCGAUUUAGAGAGCAUAUUCGCCGUCGCGAGUGCGCACGCAGUGCUCGUGCUCAUUUCAGACGUCUUGGCGCAGAAGAAGUACAUCGAAAACGCCUUAGAUGCGAGUGUGAGCGUGGUGUUGCGCGUAUUCGCGCUUCUUUUGGGCACCGCGAUGUGGUUUAGUAUCGCUUUUCUAUUCGGAUCGAGCGUAAUAGCGUCGAGCGAGAAGCAAAGAGCGACGGUGGCGUUUGCAUAUUUCAUGUCCUCGUUAACCGUACUGCCAGGAACGCACGCGGCGUCGGCGCAAGCGUUGGUGCGAACGAGAAACACAAAGAAACAACAGCAAUGGCAACAAAACCGGAGGAGAACCGCUGCGACAUCGAUGACGACGGUUGAAGCGAUAUUCAUGCCAGCAUUGCGUGUUAUCGCGUUUGUGAAGCUCGCGCAAAGAGAUUAUCUUCGUGUCGUCUUAGAUAGAAGAUUCAGAAGCGAUUUUGACGUGUUCUUCCGAGCGACAGUUAUUGGCUCCGUCCUGUUCGCUUGGAUGGGAGGAUUACUCGCGCCUUUAGAUUGGAGCACUGUAUGGCACAAAUACCCCACACUUUCCGUGCGUUUAGCGAUAAUUGGGCACAUUCUAGGAACUGUACUGACGGCUGUCUUCGCUUGGCUCGAUAGAACUCUACCGGAGAAGAUGAAGUAA